AGCGAGGAUCUUUUCGGAACAAGCUGCACGCCACAGAACCCUAUACCACGCAGUUGUGCAGGCUGAACGUUAAUACAGACGCUGCCAGUCUCCCCAGAUCUUUGAUAUUUCCGCAGCGCCUCACCACAUUCCGGUCGAUUAACGGGACAGGCAUCGCCUUCUGUCCCGCCCUCCGCUCAUUAAUUGCUCCGAGACACACGCCAAUCAGUCGAGCUUCGGACUGUGAUUGGCUCGGGCGCUGCCUGCCCUGUGCGCCGAUUGGCCGCCCCGUCGCCGGUCUGUUUUGGCAGCCGGAGCCCGGCCCCGUCGAGAUUGGGGCGAACGAAAAGGGGGGCACGUGGCGCGGCUCUGAGGCGACUUCGAGCGGCGGAGGGCGAGUGGCCGCCAUGGGUACCGGCGAGGAGCUGCCGCACGGUGAACCAAAGAAAUUUGAUCCAACUUUCAAAGGACCAAUUGAAAACAGGAGCUGCACCGAUGUUAUCUGCUGCUUGAUAUUCAUUGCGGCUAUCAUCGGGUACGUCAUUGUGGGCAUAGUAGCCUGGACACAUGGAGACCCUCGGAAGGUGAUCUAUCCGACGGACAGUCGGGGGGAGUUCUGUGGUCAAAUUGGAAGUAGGAAUGAACAUAAACCAUUUUUGUUUUACUUCAACAUUCUCAAGUGUGCCAGCCCUCUGUCACUGUUGAAAUUACAGUGCCCAACAACACAGACUUGUGUUAAAAAAUGCCCAGAAAGUUUUGAAAGCUACCUCACUGUUUCCCGUUCCCGAGAGAAGUGGCGUAAUUACAUCCAGUACUGUAAACCAGGCUUUAAUGAUUCCAGCAAAUCACCUGCAGAAGUAUUACGAGAUCAAGAUUGUCCUACCUUCCUAACUCCCAGCAAGCCUUUUAUCGGGAGAUGCUUCCCUGCCCUAGAAACCAGUAAAGGUGUGAUUAUGAUCAACAACCAGACUAAUUUUAAUCUUGCCGAUGGAGGAACUGUGAAUGCCACGCAGCUACUGGAAGGAGCUAAGGGAGUAAAUCGUAUUCUUGAAGCCAGAGAGGUGGCGAUGAAGAUAUUUGAAGAUUACACCAAAUCUUGGUACUGGAUUUUGAUUGGUCUGGUCAUCGCACUGGUAAUUAGUCUAAUCUACGUUGUGUUGCUACGCUUCCUUGCCACAGUAAUGGUGUGGCUAUCCAUUCUGCUGGUCAUUGCUGCUCUCGGCUAUGGGAUUUAUCAUUGUUACAUGGAAUAUACAAGUUUGAAAGGCAUUCAAGGUUCUGAUGUCACCAUCAAAGACCUGGGUUUUCAGACUGACCUACGUGUGUACCUACACCUACGGCAGACAUGGCUGGCAUUCAUGAUCAUUCUGAUCAUCGUUGAAAUUAUCAUCAUUCUCAUGUUAAUAUUCUUACGGAAAAGAAUUGCUGUUGCAAUCGCCUUGAUCAAGGAAGCAAGCAGAGCCGUUGGAUACAUAAUGUCCUCUCUUCUCUUUCCACUUGUCACUUUUGCCUUGCUGUUAUUCUGCAUAGCUUACUGGGCCAUAACAGCUGUCUAUUUAUCGACUUCGAACGAAGCAAUCUAUAAAGUAAUUGGCAAUGAGACAACUUGCAACUACACAUCGAUGAAUUGUGACCCUAAAGAUUUCAGUAGUUCUGCUAUCAAAAAGCAUUGCCCAGAAGCACAGUGCUCAUUUGCAUUUUAUGGAGGCGAGACCUAUUAUCAUCGAUACCUCACCUUGUUCCAAUUCUACAAUCUCUUCCUCUUUUUCUGGCUAGCUAAUUUUGUCAUUGCCCUGGGAGAAAUUACAUUAGCAGGCGCAUUUGCCUCCUACUAUUGGGCCUUUAAUAAACCAGCUGACAUGCCAAAAUUUCCUGUGUUGGCUUCAAUGGGACGAGCUCUCAGAUAUCAUGUUGGCUCCUUGGCAUUUGGAUCUCUUCUCUUGGCCAUUGUCCAAAUUAUCAGAGUUUUAUUGGAAUAUAUUGAUCAGAAAUUAAAAGGUUCAGAAAACAAAGUUACAAAAUUUCUGUUGUGCUGCUUAAAAUGUUGCUUCUGGUGUCUGGAGAAAUUCCUGAAGUUUUUGAACAGGAAUGCUUAUAUAAUGAUUUCAAUUUAUGGGAGUAACUUCUGCACCUCAGCAAAGAAUGCAUUCUUCCUACUCAUGAGAAAUAUCAUCCGGGUGGUUGUUCUGGACAAGGUCACAGAUUUCCUUCUGUUUCUUGGCAAGCUGCUCAUAGUUGGAGGAGUAGGCAUCCUUGGAUUUUUCUUCUUCACUAAUCGGAUAAGGAUACUGGAGGACAAGACACCAGCUCUGAAUUAUUACUGGCUUCCACUGCUGACUCUGAUUAUUGGCUCAUACCUUGUUGCACAUGGGUUCUUCAGUGUCUAUGCUAUGUGUGUGGACACACUGUUCCUCUGUUUCUGUGAAGAUUUGGAACGGAAUGACGGCUCUCCAGAGAGACCAUACUACACAUCACCAGAGCUACGUGACAUUUUGUACAAAAAGGAACUGGAUCCUUCUCACACAUCAGAAUUGCAAGAAGAGUGAUGGCAAGCUUCUGAAGGAGUGGAAGACCUGGAGAGGAAUGAUGGUUCGACUGAGAGACCUUAUUUCAUGUCCAAAAAUCUUCUGAAGGUCCUGAGGAAGAAAAAUGAAUGAAGACUGCUAAGCGCAGCUUGCAAUUUGGGACAUACCUCUACUCUAACAACGUGGAGCUUCCUUACAUCAUCCUAAUCAUUAUCUGAACAUGGAGCUAGGUGCCUGAAAUCGAGUAUAUCCAAGCUCUAGGAUAUAACUCUUGCAGAGGUUCUUCUCUGUGAGUUCUUUGUAUGCAGCAGAGUGGGUACUGAGCUGUGCCAAAACAUGUUAUUAUCCUCUGAGAGAUGUUGUAUUUUUUACAUGCAUUUGUAAAAAGAUGAUCUAUCUAGGAUUGUGCCAGGCAGACCCACACUUAACAUCUCCUGCUCUAAUUACUUUACAGAGAAUAAAUUCGGAGGUAUUACUAAUGAAUGAGAUUUUGCAUGCCAAAUUGGAAUGGUUUUAAUAAACUCCACAAUUGACUUUUAAAUUUUGGCAUAUUGUGGCCAGGCUUUAUUGCUAUGUUUAGCAUGUAAGCAUUGUCAAGUAUCUGUAAGUCUACAUAUAAUAAUUUUUGUUUCCUUUUCUCUUCCUUGCCUUUCCUAACCUCUAUCCAAAUGCUGUUAAUUAUGGGCAUGUUCUAGGGUGCUGAGCACCCUCCUACCAAUCUUUAUUAAACUGUAAAAACAUUUUUAAGAUAGGCAUCAGAUGUACUCUGACUUUACCCCUGAUGUCAGUGUAAGUAAAGCCCUAGUCACUUGAGUGAUAACAGUAAAUUAAAUGUUAAUCUUCCAGAUCGUUGAAACAAAACGGUUAUAUUACUGCUCAUCUAGAAGCCUGAACUGCUGGUUCAGAAACAUUAAUUCAGAUUCCUUUAUGGUCGCUAGGAAUUUAAGUUCAAUUAAUGAAAUAAACCAGAGUUUAGCGUCAUAAUUAUAAUGACUAUAUUAUUGUAAGGACCCAGUUUAUUAAUUUGCUCUCUAAGGAUAGAAAUUAGCUGACUAUACAGACUGGUAUCUGUGCCUCCAAAUAUUCUAAUGUUAUUUACUCCAAAAUAGCCAAAAAAAAACUCAGUUGUAUGAAAUUGCAAUGGAGUGUGCAAGUUCCAUUGGCACACAGUCUUUGAUUGUUCGUUAAGGUAACCUAUCACCAUUGUGCCAAGAGCAGGUAGCAAAUGUACAUUAAACGCUAGACUUUGCAACAACAUUGACACCUUGUGAACUAAUUUCAAGAAGUGUUUAGGGGGUGCUGUUCAGAAAACCUUCAAGUUGCUUUGGCAUCUUAGGGAUAUUUUCAUCUUGUGCUUUAUUCACACAUGCUGCCGUGGACACAUUUCUCUAAAGAAUAUGUUGACCAUUCUGCUACAUGGGUUCAUUAAUAAAAAGUACAGUUGUAUAUCACAUGCAUUCUAAAGCUGGGCAACAAAAUCCUGUUUCUGUAUGUUGAGGUUGAGAUUAAAGGCAUUGAUUUUUUUUUUAAUGAUUAAUACACUUUGACAGUCUUGUUAAAUUUCUAGAAGCCUCUCUCAAUUAGGAAUGCUUUGACCUUGUACAGAAGCAGCUUCUAUUUUGUAUUUAAAAUUUCAAAAUGUUAUUUUAAGAAAUGACCUAUAUAAUUUUUUCUGUAUAAAUGAGACUGCAGAGAAUAUAGCUACAUUUAUUUGUCUGUACAUAUAAAAUGUGUGAAGUACAGCUAGUCACCAUUUGCAUGACCACAUUAUCAACCAAAAAAUAAAGUUGUAUUCUUCCUUUUGUAAAUUAAGGCUGAUUUGUAUUCAUG